UCGUAGACACCACCACCGCCAACACCAACACCAACACCAACACCUCCCGUCUCCCCCUUCUCUCCGUACUCCUCCUCGCGCCGCGGCCGGCACCGCCUCCCGCCGGCGAUGGACGCGUACCACCGCUACCCCAGGCCGCCGCAGCCGCCGCCGUCGACGGCGGAUCCCUACCACCAGUACCAACAGCAGCAGCAGCCGCCGCCGCCGCCGCCGCCGCCGCAGCAUCAUCAUCAUCAGGGGCCGUGGUACUCCAAUCAAUUCCACUACCAGUCCCCGUCGCCUCCGCCGCCGCCGCCGCCUCCGCAGUCGCAGCAGUGGGCUCAACCGCCGCCCCCGCCUCCUCCGGGAUCGGGGCCCUACCCCCCUCUCCACGGCCAGUUCCCUCCUCGGCCUCACCUCCCCCCGCCUCCUCCCAUUCCUCCUCCUCCUCCUCAUUCGGCGUACCCUAAUUCGUAUCCUCCGCAGGAAUGGAGCAAUCCGAACUGGGCUUACCAGCAAAAUUGGAACCAUCCAGCAGCACACAGCAAUACUGAAGAUUGGGCUGCCAGGGCUAAAGCUUGGGCAGAUGCCAAAGCUGCUACAGAAAACCAGCAUUCUCAGUUGCAAUAUGCACCACCAGGCAGGAUGGAUGAGCAGGGCCAUUAUCACAUCCCAUAUCCAUCUGCACUGGACUCUCACUAUACGGAAAAUCAUCAGCAGCCUCUAUCUGGACAUGGCCAUCAGCAACAUUCUCUUUCAAACACACCCCCACGAGGGCAACCAUUGUAUGCACAGGAGAUUACACCUGUCAGUUCUGGGCCAUCAGCUUACCUUCCGGAUGGAAGUUCACCAUUCCCGGCUAGAGAUGGAGGAGUAACUGGACAUGCAAACUCAGUGCUUCGCCAACAAGAUUCUUUGCCGACCAACGUAUCUGUUCAUCAGCAGGAGGUACCUUCUAGUUAUUCUUCUGUUUCAGGUCAAGAAGACAGGGCAGAUCAAAGGGAGAAGUCAUCGCAUUGGCAUGUUUCUACUGGUCAGGAAAAUAUGCACCAUCUGCAACCAUCAAGGCCUGCUAUUGCUGGAUCAGUUACAUCUGGACAGCCCUUUCCAUAUGGCAAUCAACUGGCUGAGCCUGUGACUGAUCUUGCUGAUCAGCCAUUGCAGUUUACUCCCAGAUUCACUCGGGAGCAAGAUUCACUUCAGCAGCCUGGUUAUGCUCAUCACCUUAAUCCUGCAGCUUCAGCUUCUGUGAAUAAUUGGACCUCCUCCAUGGUUCCGGAUGCGGUUUAUCCUUCAGUUCCUUCAGUUAAUCCACCUGGGCCUCAGCUUGAUCCUUCCGUACCAUCUCCUUUAUCUGGACAUGGAGCAACACCAUUUGCAAGAUUUUCUGGAACAAGCUUUCAGCCUACAGUUCCAUCUCCUGGUGGCCCUUUCAGUCUGGGUGCCGGAACAGCAUUACCUCCUGCUGCAGCCUUCGCUGGCGAUGCUUAUGGCAUUUCUAAUAUAUCUGAGCGUCCCAAAAAGGCUCCAGUGCCUAAUUGGCUUAGAGAGGAGAUAAUUAAGACAAAAGCUGCUAUUCCAAGCACAUCUCUGGGGCAUUCUAAAGUUGAAUCUCAAUCCAUAGAGGAUGAAGAAGCAGAUAAGUCAUUCCAAAAGGGUGACCAAGGAGAAGACAAAAGCAUUGACACGUCCAGGUCAACUGAAGAAGAUGAUGAUGAUGAGGACUAUGCAGAAGCUGCCAGAACAGCGGCCGUCAACCAAGAAAUCAAACGCGUUCUAACUGAAGUUCUUUUGAAGGUAACUGAUGAGCUUUUCGAUGAAAUAGCGACAAAUGUACUUAAUGAAGAUGAUCCGGCAACUGAUGACCAUAGGGUCUCACCAUCUUCCCGUUCCAGCCCUAUUCCAAAAACACCUGCAAAGCUUUCAGCUUCACUUGACACUAAGGAAUCAGAGACUGAAGAUGUCAGUGAAAAGUCUAGUUCCAGCUCCCCAGGGAAUAUCUUGGGUCUGGUAAGCUAUGCCUCUGAUGAUGACGACGAAGUUGGGGACAAAAAAGCGCAAAACUCCAGUGCACCGACUCAUGCCAAAGGUGUUGCACCGAUGAUCUCAGGUGAUGAAAGGGAUCAAAAUGGUUUAAAUAAGGCCCUUGAGAAUGGCAGGCUACCAAUUACAAUUGAAGACAGUGGUAGGGUUCAGGCUGAAAUGGAGAGUGACUCACUCUCCACCAAAGUCAAUGCUUUCAAAAGGAAAGAUAGUCCUGAUGGUAUUGGCUCAAGUGUCAGUGAGGUAGAUGCGAUGGCACAGUUAGCUUCUGGCAGCGCAGUUGACCGGAUGGGUUUUAAUCGUAACAGGGUGUAUGAAGACGUCAAUACUUCUGGGUCAAUGGUUGCCAAAAAAGAUGAUGUCUCAAUGAAGUCAAAACAUCGUAGUGAGAAUGUUAUGUCAAAACUUAAGCCAGAUAAUUCUCAAGAUAAAGAGUCCAGAUUCAGAUCAAGUGGAGGUGGUUCAGAUGGUAAAGUUAAAGUGGAUAUGAAGAUGGAUGAGAAUCAGAGAAAGGAUGAAAGGGAUCUAAGGAAGGAAAGGACAGAAAGGUUGGAUUCCAAAGAGAUGCAGGAGCAACAUAAAUCUGAGGAUAGAGUGAAGGAAUCCCAUUCAAGGAGCAGAACGAAUGAUGUUGAUGGCAGGGACGAUAGAAAGGAGGCAGAGCGAUCCCAUAGAUCUAGUGCUAAAGAAGGUGAUAAACGAAAUGAAAGGUCAAAGCAUAAGGAGGAUGACAGGUUGGGGAAUGAGCAUUCAAAUGAUUCAAGAAGGCAUAAGAGAAGACGUUCCUCUUCAGCUGGUAGUAGAGGUAGAAACAGUAAGGAAAAUUCACAUGCAAAAAGUUCAAGUGAUGAAGUCUCUGACGAUUCUAGAAGGAAGUCACGCUCCCGGAAACGAAACCUCUCACCUUCUCCUGUUAGGUCAAGAAGAAGACCAUCGAGGUCCCCACAUAGCAAGCAUUCUCAGCACAGGCAUUCUCCCUACUCUUCUCUUGGGAAUAAUAGGGGAAGGAGAAGGUCAAGGUCUAAAUCACCUAUCAGAAGGCCAAGAUGACGAGAAGAUUGAUUUUAAGUUUGAAACGAGUGCUCUAGUCAUGGUGGUUGCUGAUGAUUCCGUUACCCUCUUACUAUGCCUGAGCAUCAUCAUGUUCUAUUCAGAGGGGGUCUUAAUACAUCAUGGGCGGGGGAAAAAGGAAAGGCAUGGAUUUUACAGUAAUCAAAGGAGUGCCUAAUUGCCUGCGAGAUGAUCCAUCUCAUCUGUCAUCUCCUAGCAAAUCUAUAGUUAUCUUCCCAUCUGUAAUCUACAGUCAAGAUGAGAGAAAUUAGAAUCCUCAUUCGCGUAGAUGUUUUGACUAUUGUUGCUUGUCUGCUAUGAUCUUUUGAUUUGCUCGCUCCUUCAUCAAAGUUGAUGGUGUUUGUAUUGCGCUUUUAAUGAUGAUAGAAUGGAAAUGAUACCAGAGAUCUAGUGGAAGCUGGUGUCUGGCGGUACCGGUUGUCCCAUGAAAAAUUUAAUUUCUUGAA